CGACCCAAAAUUUAGACUUCCCCAAUGUUGUUAUUUCCCCUUCAAUUCAUCUUCUUCCUUCCCUGCAGCUUCCAUAAUCUUGCUAACUAAGAAACUGAAUAAUUCCAACUAGUUUAAUCCUUACAAGAAAUAUCAGACAAAUCAACCUUUACUCAUCCAUUAUUAUACAAAUAGAAUCUAGAAUCGCCACCCUUUCUAAGAAAAAAAACACCAUGUACACAAGAAUAUUUGUUCACUUAUAAAAAGCCCGUUUUCCCGUUAAACUAUUUUUCUAUAGCCACUUAAGGUGCAUGGAGCUUUUUACAAAAACCAAGGCCGUUAAACUCAGAAGCCACCAAGAGAAAUACCUUGUUGCCGACGAUGAUCAGGAAACUGUCCGUCAAAGCCGAAACAGCUCAGGAAAAAGAGCUAGAUGGCUCGUCGAGCUUGUCCAAGAUAAACCAUACGUUAUCCGCCUCAAGAGCUGUCAUGGAAAGUACCUCACAUCCACUGAUACCCCCUUUCUUUUAGGGAUGACGGGUAACAAGGUGCUGCAAACGGUGCCAGAUAAGAUGGACUGGAAACUCCAGUGGGAGCCUAUAAGAGACGGGUUCCAAAUCAAGUUGAAGUCCUGGUGCGGUAAAUUUUUGCGGGCGAACGGGGGGACACCGCCAUGGAGGAACUCCAUCACUCACGAUGAACCUUAUACUGGAGCUACGCAGAAAUGGAUAUUAUGGGAUGUGGAGGUGGUGCAGGCGCCAGAGUCUGAGCCGCUCUUGGAGUAUUUGUCGUCAGUUUCGAGCUUUUCUUCGGUGUCCGAUGAAGUUUUGGAGGCUUUGAGCGACGAUAUUUUAGGGUCAGGUCGUCAGUCGCCGAUUUCAGUGGCGUCAUCAUUGAAGUCUCCGCGGUUUUCAAUGGUUUCCAAGUCAGCCAAACAGAUAAAUUCUAACAAAUAUCGGACGGGAAUGGAUUUGUUCCUAAACGCCAAAGCGGUGCGUCUACGGAGCCAUCACGACAAGUAUCUCCUCGCCGAGGAAGAUGAAGAAUCCGUUACUCAAGACCGAAACGGAUCCUCCAAAAACGCCCGAUGGACCGUCGAGUUCGUGCCCGGAUCACAAAACAUCAUCCGCCUAAAAAGCUCUUACAACAGGUAUCUUACCGCCUCGAACCAACCUUUUUUGCUUGGAAUGACCGGUCGAAAGGUGACUCAGACACUGCCUAGGAGGCUCGACUCAUCGGUCGAGUGGGAACCCAUUAGAGAAGGGUCUCAGGUCAAGCUCAAGACUCGGUACGGUAACUUUUUGAGAGCAAAUGGAGGGUUACCGCCUUGGAGGAACUCGGUGACGCACGAUAUUCCUCAUAGGACUGCUACUCAAGAUUGGGUGUUGUGGGACGUGGAUAUUAUGGAGAUUCAAGAGAAGUCUCCAGGGAGUGGUCAUCGGCCUUCAUUUCCUCCUGCUAUUCCUCACGCAGAUUCAUUGGACUUUGAAUCUGCUUCACCUUCUUCAGUUUCAGAUAAAUCUGGACACUUUUCAAGACAAGAGUCAAGUGAUUCUUAUGUGGGUUCACCACCAAAAUCCGAAGGUAGGACAAUAUACUUCCAUGUAGCAGAUGAUAGUGGGGAAGUUGAUGAUGAGGCAGUGGAGGGGUACUCUUUUAGCUUUAAGGGUAAUGGUGUAGAUGAACUGACUCACAAAUUAAAGGAAGAGACAGGGCUUGAGGAUGUUGUGGUGUGUACUCGCAGUCCUUUGAAUGGAAAGCUUUUUCCUCUUCGCUUGCAGCUUCCUCCCAACAAUGCUGAUAUGCAUGUUGUUGUAGUUCCAUCAGCAUCAAAAGUGGUAAGGGAUUUUCCAAAACAAGGACUUAAUUUGUGAGCUACAUCAAGGGAACGCCAUAGUUUUGUUCAUGACAUAUAUUCAAAAUCACAUGCUUUUGCACAUUCUACUCAAGCUCUUCUUAUACUAGUUAAAAGUAUUCAGUGAGUCACCUACAUCCCAUUGUAUUUUUUCAGCGAUAAGUUGGGUAAAGUCCAGUAGAGAAUAACGUUCCUGCCAUGGCAGAAGAUAAUUAUGUCAAGCUGCUAACAAAUAUAUCAUUUGUAAAAUGUUAAAUUUCAGUACUUGCUUCCUUAUGUGCUUCAUUGAUGUGUUUUUGAGGUAAAAGUUUCUGCCAAACUUACUUAAAAAAUCUAGAUAUAGAUGAUCUGAUUGCUUGUUCUCUUCCAGCCUCUUGCUGUUUUUAUUUUUCACCCAUGGCGUUUGUUGUAAAUUGCUGCAUGCUUAUUGAAUGGAAUUAUUGUGGUUGUUUUCAGCUCCUACUCUUUGAACUUACAGUAUUUAGUAGCAAAAUGUCCGUGCAUUGUUUGGGUUAAAAUUUUUUUGAUUUGUCAUAUCUAAUUAGUAUUUUAUUACAAAAUUCAUCUAAUUAAAAAAAAAAA